CUCUAUCAUCACUAAACUAAAAAUAACUUCUAAAAAUACUGAUUCUGCAGUCUGUGUCAAGAAGCGCCGUCAUCUUAAAAGUAUGAAGAAUAAAGAAGAUUACAAAAAAUAUAAGGAUAAAUGUCACGAAAA